UGAAAUCUAUAUCCCAUAAUCCAUCUCAAUUGCAAACAUGCCAAGGUACUAUGCCAAAAACAAAGACCAACCCUCAUCAUACUCGUCGUCAUCAACAACAACAACCAAGCUCUUCGGCCGAGAACGACCACUUCAUGCUGUCCUCGGAGGAGGAAAAGUCGCGGAAAUAUUGUUAUGGAGGAACAAGAACUUAUCAGCCGCAGUUCUUAUCGGUUUCACAGUGUUAUGGUUUCUUUUUGAGAUUGUGGAGUACCACUUUCUUACACUUCUCUGCCACAUCUUUAUCACUACGAUGCUCAUCCUCUUCAUUUGGUCCAAUGCAGCCCCGCUCUUCAAUCGGGACCCUCCAACUCUCCCCAAAAUCAUAUUAUCUGAGUCCGCAUUCCAGGAAGUAGCUAAAUCCAUCCACAAGAAGCUCAACCGGUUAGUGUUGAUCCUCUUCAACAUUGCCUGUGGGAAGGAGUUGAGCCUCUUCAUUCCGGUAAUUGUUUCCCUUUGGAUACUAUCAGUCAUUGGAACCAAUAUAAGCACUCUCAAUCUUCUAUAUUUUGGUUUCCUCUGCAUGAUAACACUGCCACCUCUGUAUGAGCGCCAUGAAAAUGAAAUGGAAUACCUUGCAAGCAAGAGCAAUCAGGACAUCAAAAAACUAUACAAGAAAUUUGACUCCAAUGUCCUAAACAAGAUUCCAAGAGGUCCAGUGAAGGACAAGAAUAAAUUCAAGUAGACCCCCGAGUUUUUCUCAAGAUUACAAUUGCAAAACAUAUGUUGAUUCUCUCUUGGGCCACCACCGGGACGCCACAUGUAAUCACAUAGACAUGCAGUGCCUUUUGGCUGCAUAUCUUGUCUAUAUAUGUAAUAUUAAAUAUUGAUAUUUUAAUUUUUUAAUUAAAAAAAUAAAUAAAAUCAAACCCACCAAGUUCCUAACUGUAAA